AGUCACAUGGUUGCUGACACAGACCCAGUCAGCAGUUCCAACCCUGUGUACGUGUAUAUGUUUAGGACUAGUCUGCUACUGUUAGUCUCUCUCAGCAAGGCAUCGCGGCACUCUCAGCUUUACUCUGUCAACAGAUAUCAUCCUAAAGGUUUCCUCCACACCUCAGCAAGCAGAAUGGCGAAACAAUUUGUUGAAGAUAAGAUAGCCAGCAACAAGGUGGUGGUGUUCUCCAAGACCUACUGUCCAUUCUGUACCAUGGCCAAGCAGUCCAUCAGAGACGCUGGUCUGCAAGACUUUGCUGUCGUGGAGAUCGAGGAUAGAAAUGACUGUAGUGCCAUUCAAGAUAUGCUCAACAGUAUGACGGGUGCUCGCUCGGUGCCACGCGUGUUCAUCGGUGGCAAGUGUGUGGGUGGAGGCACGGACGUUCAACAACUGCAGAAAAGUGGGAAACUCGUUGGCUUGCUUAAAGAUGCCGGCGCUUUGUGACUAGAGAACAAAUUGUAAACACUGACACUUUAUUUUAUUGUGCAUUUAGAAAACUGUUAUGGAAGUACAUGUGUUAAUUGAAUCUG